AUCAAAUAUUUGCGGAGGGAGGCGAGGCGAGGCGAGGCGAAUGUGAGUGUACACGACUAGCCAGCCAGAGUCGGUCGUUGCGAUAAAAGCUUGGCGCUCUUUCUCUUCCUGUAAAUAACCUUAUUCUUUUUAUUGUUAAUUUUUUCCUUUGCCUUGUUCUUCAAGCUCAAGGUCGUCGGGUCAGAAAUAGGAAGAGUCGUGAACUCCAAUCCAAAAUCAAAAUCAAUUAUCACAUGUUAUGAUUCGCUCUUCUUUCACUUUGUUCAUGUUCGCAUCAACUCUUCUUCGCUGAUUCUCUCUUUCAGUUAGGGUUUCUCUCAUCCAUCAUCUGCUCCAGAACCAUGCCUACCUUUACUGCAAUUGCUCUUGAUAGGUUGUUAGAACCUGGAGCUUCUAAAACUGUUGACAAGACUGUUCCUAGUUCAAACCCUGUUCCGAAACCAAAGUUUCCUCCGAAACCAAGACGAGUGCCCAAUUCAGCCCUGGAGAGAAGAAAUAGUACAUCAGUGACAGAAAGGAAAGUUGGUCGUCCUCAGAUAUCACCAGCACUCUAUGCCACUCCUGAAGCAACCCCACUCCCUGAUUCACCAUCUUCAUUCCCUCCUUCACCAUAUAUCAUUAACCAUAAGCGGCGUGGGCCUCGCCUUUUAAAGAGCUUUUCUGAGGAUGAUGUUGCUUCUCGCAGGAAAACUUUGGAUGAGGAUGAGGUUAAUGGGAAUGUAAAGAAUUCAGAGAAUAGUGUUGUUGAUUCAACUAAAGAUCAUACUUCUACUUCUUCUGUUUCUGAUUCUGUUGAAGAAAAGGAUGUAAAUUGUGUCCAGGAUAGUCCCAUUAAGGGAGAUAUUGCAAAUGGUGACCAUGAGAUCCCUAGUGUAGGGGAACAUAUGAAUGGUGUUCAUGAUGGUGAAAGAGGAAGCAUUGAUGGAGAUCUUAAAAGCAGAAAUGCUAGGAACGGGUUGGCCAUGGAAAAGGAUGUGCUGAAGCUUGUUGCAUUAGAUUCAGAAAGAGAUGGUGGUUCUGAGGAUUUCUUUGAUCCUCAGGAAUCAAUGAGUUACAGUAGUAACACUGAUGGUGAGGACAAUUCUGUGGUGGAAAGUUCUGUAAAAUUUGCUGCAACUCCAUCAACAGGAGAAUUCUAUGAUGCUUGGGAAGAGCUUUCCUCUGAGAGUGGGAAUCAGACUUCUAUCCAUGACAAUGAAGCAGAAUUGCGUAAAAUGAGAUUAAGUUUAUUGAUGGAAUUAGAGAAGCAAAAGCAAAUAGAGGAAACUCUGUAUAAUAUGCAAAAUCAGUGGCAGAGAAUCAGGGAGCAAUUAGCCCUUGUAGGAUUGACUCUCCCUGCAUUUCCCACUUUUGUUCCAGAGGAUGAGCUGUCUGCAGGAACUGAUCCUGCAGAGGAGCUGUGCCAGCAGCUGCAUGUUGCUCGGUUUGUCUCAUAUUCCAUUGGGAGGGGCAUUGCAAAAGCUGAGGUGGAGAUGGAAAAAGAAGCUCAGAUUGAAGCCAAGAACUUUGAGAUUGCUCGUUUGUGGGAUCGGCUUCAUUACUAUGAGGCUGUGAAUCGAGAAAUGUCUCAGAGGAACCAAGAAGCUGUAGAGAUGGCUCGGCGUAAUAGGCAGGUCAGGAAAAGAAGGUGGCGAUGGGUUUGGGGAUCAAUUGCUGCAGUAGUUACCCUUGGCACCGCAGCUUUGGCAUGGUCGUACCUUCCACCAGAUGUAGGAUCAUCUUCCAGUAAUGAUUCUAUUGUGCCCAGACAUGAUGAUGCAACCAAGUGAUGGGUAUUCAGUUAACUAGAAGACUGAUGUCGUAGAAGAAAAGAAUAAAGGGUUGUAUAUGCCACCAUGUUGAUAGCAAAUUGCAUGUUUCCUGUCUGAAGAGCAUGGUUUAAAAUAAUUAUGAUAUAACAUACUGAUUGCUAGCAAUCUUGGAGGCACUGAAUUUUGAUUUUGACCAAUCAUAAUUUGAAAUUAUUUCCCAACCCUUUUGCGGGUUAAAGGCUAUAGAUGUGCAUAUGUAAUGCAUGAGAGCUUUAGGUUCUGUUGAAGUAGUUUUAUUAUCAAUAACUAAAACCAGGAUAAUGGAAUUGACAGUCGCAGAUUGGAACAUGUUUAUGCCCAUUUUAAGGGUGAUUUCAACUUGGGAAGUACUUGCAAUGAUAUUUUGCAGAAUAGUGAUAGCAUCUUGUAAUUCCAUGUGAUUGCAAUCGACAAUUGUGAUCUUUGUAUGAUGUAUUGUUUGGGAUUCAUUGCCCAAUAUUU